AUGCCCCCCACCCGGACCCCCCUCCGCCUCGCCAUCCUAGAAGCCGACACGCCCAUCGGCCGCGCGCGCGCCAAAUACGGCAGCUACGGCGGCGUCUUCACCUCGCUCCUGCACCGGGCGGCCGACGCCUCGCACGUGCCGCGGGAGCGGUUGGAGAUCACGGGGUGGGACGUCGUCGACGGCGCGGCGGCGGAGGAGGAGGCGGGGGAGGGGGAAGUCGAGGACAUGGGUGGGGAGUGGGCGGUCGUGAGGCGGAAGGGGUAUCCGAGGAUGCGGGACGUGGACGCCGUGCUGAUCACCGGGAGUCGGUUCAAUGCCUUCGAUAAUGACGCGUGGGUUGUACGGUUGGUUGAGUUUGUGAAGGAGGUGCUCGCGCAAGGUCGGGUGAAGGUUGUUGGGGUGUGCUACGGGCAUCAGAUAGUGGGGAGGGCGCUGGGAGCCAAGGUCGCGAAGAGCGAGGGCGGUGCAUGGGAAGUCAGUGUGUGCCAGGUCCUCCAGACGCAGAAGGGGAAGGAGUUGUUUGGCGGGAAAGAUGCUCUGAGCAUAUUCCAAAUGCACAAAGAUCUCGUAUACCACUACCCCACAGGUGUCGAGGAACUCGGAUCAUCGGGGCCAUGCAAGGUCCAGGGCAUGUAUGUCCCGAAGAAGGUAAUUACAGUGCAGGGCCACCCGGAGUUCACAGAGGAGAUUGUGGCGGAGCUGUUGGAAAAGAGGCGCGAGCAGAUGAUCUUCAGUGAAGAGAUAUAUGGAGAAGCCAUGGCGAGGGUGGGAAAGCCGCAUGACGGCGUGAUGGUUGCUCAGGCCUUUUUGAAGUUUCUUAUGGAAGAAUGA